CCGCCUAAGUGAUGCCGUAAACAGUCACCCACCGUCUUCGUCACUUCUUGCUCUUCUUUCUCUGUCACUCACGGUGGAACUAGUCCUGCUAGGAGGAGUAGUUGGUAAAUCAAUCACGACUUGCUGUUCUGUUCUUCCUUUUCAAAAGUCCGUAUUGAACUUCCUAUUCCACUAAAUUCCAAUUCUCCAAUCAGAUUCCGAUAAAAAAAAAAUGGCGACUUUACAUAGUAUAUCAUUAAAAUCGAGCAUUUCUCCGUUUUCAGUUUCUCAAUCGAGGCAGGGUUUUCCUUGUAAAUGGAGUUUUCUGUGCUCCGAGCUGGAUUCCAGAAACUCAGGAAGAAAGAAUUUUGGAAGCCGAAGCAAGAAAUUGAGCCUGAGAAUCUUGAUCAGAAGGAGGCUUAGCGUUUCCUGUAACGUUAAAGACAGCGAUAAUCAAAGCAAUGGGGAAGAAGCUCCGGAGUCAUUGUUUAUGAAAGAAUUAAAGAGGCGGGGUAUGACUCCUGCUUCAUUGCUUGAGGAAAAAACCAAAAGCGGCUAUGUAGGUCAAGAAACAACUUCCAGGGAAGAAGAUGGAGGUUUCUCGCGAGCAAAUGCUGUGUCUACAAAUCCUGAGAGAAACCUUACCAAUCAAAGAGAACAAUCUAUGGCACUUAAUAGUGAAGGCCUUGAGGGUUUGAUUCCACGGGCUAGACUUUUGCUUACGCUUGGAGGAACAUUCUUUUUGGGGUUUUGGCCAUUGAUCCUCAUAACUUUUGCCUUCUUCUCUACUAUCUACCUGUAUUUCGGACCAAAUUUCGUCCAUGACGCAAGGAACACUCGUGUCACACCACCCGAGUACAUUGAUCCCUAUCAGCUUCUUGAAGAAGAAAGGAUUUCGUCCACAGCGCCUCGUCUAAACUGAUGGACUAAAUUGCUCAGAUCAGCUUUUUCAAGCAAUAUUAUAGGUUUCUAUUGUUUAUUCCCUUACCUUCACGUUAUCCUUUGUAAAAUUAUUAGCAGAACCUUCUUGUUUACGCCUCUGUAGUAGAAGCUUAUUGAGGCCUUAACUAUGAACUAGCUGUUCUGUCCUCCUACAUCAUGCGCAGCGGUACUUGUUAGCCAUUCUGAAACCAGUUGUUGGAGUUGAAGUUUCUAAGCUUUAUACA